AUGGAGAAGCGCGACUAUGCAGCCGCAGUCGCUGCGCUGAAUAUGCUGCAGUCCAACUUUGCAAUUGUCGAUGCUAUUCGCAAGUCUGGCCGCGGCAUGAAUAAGGCGGCCAUACCAGAAAUGAUCGAAUGGUGUAGCAAGAUUGGGUACAAGCCCUCAGAUUUCGACAAGCUGAAGCCUGUACAUAUUGCUGGAACCAAAGGCAAAGGCUCCACAAGCGCAUUCAUCUCCUCCAUUUUGUUGCAAUACACAUCCACAAGUGACGCACAGUCACAACCCUCGAAGAUCGGCCUAUACACUUCCCCGCAUCUACGAUUCGUUCGCGAGCGCAUACAAAUCAACAAUGAACCGAUAUCUGAGGAGAAGUUUGCGAAAUACUUCUUCGAAGUGUGGGACAAGUUGGAAGCUGCAGCAAAGGCAGAGAAUGCACCUGCUGAUGUACCAACAAAGCCUGUCUACUUUAGAUACCUGACGCUCAUGGCACUGCAUGCAUACCUUCAGGAGGGUGUUGAUUCUGCGGUCAUAGAGUGCGGUAUUGGUGGCGAGUACGACAGCACCAACAUUUUGACGAAUCCAACAGUCACAGCGGUGACCAGCUUGGGUAUUGAUCACACCGCUAUGCUCGGAUCUACACUUCCCGAAAUAGCGUGGCACAAGGCAGGAAUCUUCAAGCAGGGGAGCAUUGCAUUUACAGCACCGCAGGAAGAGGAGGCUAUCACUGUCCUGCAGAAGCGAGCUGCGGAGAAGGGUACCGAUUUGCACAUAAUCGAUCUCCAUCCAUCGUUGGCCAAUGGUCGCAUCAAGCUUGGACUGUCAGCAGAUUUUCAGAAGACCAACGCUUCUGUAGCAAUCGCCGCCGCCGCAGCACAUUUACGCGCCUUAGGCCACACAUCAAUCCCGGAUCCUACGAAAACAGCGUAUAUCGACCUUCCUCCACAGUUCGUCAAGGGACUUGAGCAGGUUCGCUGGUCAGGACGCUGUGAGACUAGGCGCGAAAAGAACGUAGCUUGGCACAUUGAUGGCGCUCACACGCUAGAAAGCAUCGAGGUCACGGGACGCUGGUUCGCUGAGCAGAUUGCGUCUGCAACUGCGACUGCUGCAUCACAGUCCAAGGUGCCUAGAGUUCUGAUCUUCAACCAGCAGACUCGAGACGCAGGCGCUCUUGCCAAAGCACUUUACACAGCCUUGCAGAGCGGCAUCACAUCCGGAUCAACAUCACCCUUCACACAUGUCAUCUUCACAACCAAUCAGACCUCUAAAGAAGGCUACAGACCUGAUUUAGUGUCCAUAAACACCGACAAACAGGAAGUGGACGCUCUUGCUGUGCAGACAGCGUUAGCAAAGACCUGGUCAAAGAUUGACAGUACUGCAGAAGUGCGUGUACUGCGAACUAUUGAGGAAUCUGUCAGCGCAGCGCGAGAGGUAGCAUGCAAUUGGGCGAAUGGCACAGACGCAGAAGUGAUGGUCUUGGUGACGGGCAGCCUCCACCUGGUCGGUGGUGCCCUUGAGGUCCUAGAAUCUGGGAAGGCGAAUUGA